GCACAGGCAGGAAAGUGUUGGUGCCUCUAGCGGCGAUCAGUCAUUCCGAAUCACCGCGACGACGAGUCGACAAAGACCGUUACUGAAACUUUGCGCCGAUACUUUAGGCAAGAUGAAUUUGGAGGAAUACUUUGAAAGAAUUGGUUUCCACGGAUCUUUUGAUAAACCGGAUCUUGCAACACUGAAGUUGAUCCACAAACAGCACGUCAUGUCCGUCCCUUUUGAAAACCUCAGCAUCCACUGUGGUGAAAAGAACGUCAUGGACCUCGAUGCCGCUUUCAACAAGAUCGUGAGGCGCGGCCGUGGAGGUUGGUGCCUUGAGAACAACUUCCUGUUUGGCUGGGUGCUGAGAGAAAUGGGGUACGACACCACGUCGCUGGGCUCCAGAGUUUUCGACCAUUCCCUCAAUGAUUUUGGCCCCCUUGAUUCUCAUUUCAUCAACAAGGUUGUCAUUGAUGGAAAGGCUUACAUAACAGAUGUCAGCUUCGGCAUGUCUUUUCAAUUGUGGGAGCCCCUGGAGCUCGUCUCUGGAAUGGACCAACCUCAGGCAGCGGGUGUCUUUCGCCUCCUUGACCAGGGGGAAAUGUGGGUGCUGGAGAAAACUGGUAGAAAGCCGGAGGUUCUCAAUCCAGAGUUUGCCAAAUCAAGUCUGGUGAAGAGGAACGAAACCAAUCAGAUCUACUGCUUCACCUUGGUGCCUCGGGAGGCCGAACAUUUCCUUGAGAUAAACCACAAACUCCAGAACGAGACGUCACUCUUCACCAAUAAGUCCAUCUGCUCUUUGCAAGCACCAACAGGAUUCAGAGCCCUGAUUGGUUGGACCUACGGGGAGGUCACCUACAAACCCGACGAAGGAGUGGACGUCUUGGACAUAAGAAACAUAAUGGACGAUGAGAUAGAGCAAAUUCUUCUUGAAAAGUUCAAUAUAAAGCUGCAGAACAAACUGCAGCCUGUCAACAACAAGUCACACUACACAUUCUGAAAUCCUACACAUGUGCUGUUUGGAAAUUGAUCUGGAAAGAUCCCUCAACCUGUGACAAUCUAACAACCAACCAGGUAGAGCAGCUUGUUGAAAUUUUUUUGAAUCAUGAGCAGUGCUUUAAAUUUAAUCGUGUGUACAUCAAAAAUGUAAUCAGUUUUUUUCUUUUGUUAAUGCUACGAGCAGACAGGUUGUUCUUAAGUAGAGUUUUAAUGACCAAAUACAAAUUUUAACCCAUUUUUGUACGUGUUGUCUGGCAAAAACAUAACUUUUUAAAACGUUCUUCAUGAUACCUAGGACUGAUUUGCUGGGAUGUCAUGUGUAUUAUUUUAUUAUUAAACAAUAUACUUGGAUAUAUAUUUUUGAAAACAAA